AUGGGGAAGAUCAUUUUCUAUGAAAGCAAGAAUUUUGAGGGGAAUCAGUAUGAAUGCAGUGGUGAUUGUUCAGAUAUGCUCUGCUAUCUUGGCUGCUGCAACUCCAUCAUGGUGGAGAGUGGAUAUUUCAUGAUCUAUGAACAACCACAUUACAAAGGCCAGCAAUUCCUGGUCCGUAAAGGAGAGUACCCAGACUUUAAAAGCUGGUUGGGCAAAAAUGACUGCGUCUGCUCCUGUCGUGAAAUCCCAAUGACACAGGGAUCUUCUCAUGAGGUGAAGCUGUUUGAGAGAAUGGAGUAUGGAGGUCAAAUGAUGGCUCUAUUAGAGGACUGUCCAAAUGUCAUGGACAUGUUCCAAACAAACCACAUAUUCUCUUGCAAAGUGAUUGGUGGAAACUGGCUCUUCUUUGAACAGUCCAACUACAAAGGCAGGAUGUACCUCAUAAGGCCUGGAGAAUACACAAGAUUCACUGAAUGGGGAGGCUUGAGUGCCUGUGUGGGUUCCAUCAAACGAAUCGUUGAUAACUACAAUUAA